AUGACGACUGAGCUUAUUGCCUCGCAAGUUCGUGCACGCGUCGAAAACGAUCUGGCGGCCUGUAUUGAUAGCGUCACAUCCAUAACGAAGACGCGCGUGGAAGAGUCAGCAACGCACACUGACGCACGCGUCCUCCAACAUCAAAUCGGUGCGAUAGAGGCGGACACUCUCGCGCGACUGAAAGCUGUGAAGCAGGAGCACUUUGGGAUUGUCUGGGAGGGGUCAAAGGUAAUGGAGAGGUACCGAGAGCUCGCGGAAUGCCGUGCACUAGCGCUUGCGGAGGAGGAGUUCAUGAGAGAAGAAGUACGACGCUGCGAUCUGCUAGUGCGAGCGCCAAUCGACGAUCGGCAACUGCAUGUCGCUGAUGCGGUUAGGGGCUGCUACUCCGAGUACAACGCAAUUCUCCGCGGUGCCAGCAAGGACGUGGAGGACAUAGAUGAGGAGGCGUCGACGUGCUUGGAUAACAGCAUGCUGCCAUGUGAGAUCUGGAGUAUGGUCGUGGUCGAGCUUGCUGCUCUCGACCCCCCUGGCUGCCACCGCCCUCACUCGUGGAACGAGGACUACACGACUAUGACGUUGGGGUUCUAUAGACUUGCACAUACGUGCAGUCAGUUGCGGGCCAUAGUGCUCAAGCAUGGGGAGCUGUUUGCACCGGUCGUCCUGUCAAUGGGAAAUGAGGAGGCGGCCGAUCACUUUGCGCGUCUGUCAGGGGCUCAUCCGCUGACUUUGGACUUCGACCAAGCGAUGGCGACAUCUCGGACGCGCGACAUCUCCAACUUCUUCUAUCAUGUUCUCGACAAACCGGCCUUCCUACACCGAGCGCGCGAGUUGCGAUGCACCUUGGGUCUUGAAGACCAGAUCGUGGCGUCUACAAACUACGUUCGCAGAGGACCUAUCGAGGACCUGCUAUCUUUUGUUGAGGAGAACGCUUCGGGAAGCCUGCUGGAGCGACUCACUUUCCCCAUGUUCGACACGCACGACUACACGCCCAAAUUCAAGUCAACGACUCUGACUUACGCGCAUUUCAUUGGCCUACACGUACGCGAACAUAUUGCGUGGUAUCGUCCGGCGCCAGCAUACGAAGGUUUCGUUGUCGAAGUCAGGCAACGCGAAGAUGUCGAAGCUUACGUGGAAAAUCUACUCGAACUGCUGGAGGGAUGCCCGAAUCUCAAAACCAUCAUCAUCGAACAAGUAACCUGGACGGACGAUGGGGAUCUGCUGCCAGUUGAAACGGGUGCGAACUUCGUCGUGAAGAGCCUCGGUGCGGAAGGAGUCGAGCGCAUGAUGGCGCAUGUCCGUACCACGGGUACUUGGGAUGUACGCACCACGUCCUCUCUAUCUUCGCCCUUUCUCCGCGACUUGGUAUACAACAAGACGGUCUUACAUUUACACUACUCAUCCGAGUGGACUUGCGCUUCGUACCAGGACGACGGGAACUCGGAUACUGGCAUGUUGCUCGACGACGACACUCGAAACGAUAUGCGCGACCUCUCCCACCCUUACGCCUUUGACUUGAAGAUCAGGCUGGGUUGCGUUGUUGUGUCAACGUCUUCUCGACCCGAUGGGAUGGAAUUUUACCGGACGUCUCUAGACCUCUUGACCAUCCAGGAUGUCGGAUACUUUUACGGGGGUGGCGAUGUCGACUGGACGUGUCUCAAGGCUUUGAAAUCUUUGCAUACGCUGGUCCUUCAUACGGAACGAGACGUGUCAAACAUACUUCAAAACUGCAAGCCUCGUAACAUUGUCGUACACUGCUCGCGUCCCUGGAGGGAAAAUCCUAGCGUGCUUGGGUUAAUCGAAGCCCUCCAUCGCUACGAAGAGGACGGGACGUUGCCGGAGAGCAUCACAUUGGAGGGCCGUAAGACUCGCAUCUACACCGAGACUUGGCCAGUACUGCCGGGUGUUGUGAUUCGUGAUAGGCGGGUGUGA